UAAAAAUUUGUUUUUAGAAAAUUAUAAUACUCAGACGAUAAAUAAGUGCAAUAGGAUGUCGUACGGAAACGAUCCACCUUUUCACAACAAUGUUCGUCAUAGCCGACAAGCCAAAUUACUUCAAGAUUAUGAUCUAAACGACACGUCGUUCUGUAAGUCGUUGUGCUACCGUUUAUCUUCUAUCGUUUUCCACGUAACGUCUCUAAAGUUUUUUCUAUGGAUAACCUCCGUUAGUUUUAUAAUUACUAUAUUCAUAACGCAAUUCAUAAGAACGAAUCAGUACAAAACCAUCAGUGUCCUUGAAGAAGAGGCAAUCCGGAAUGUUGGCCUUGAUUACAGAUAUACUGAGAUCUACAAAAGAAAGGAACGACUGUCGAAUGAGGUUAAGUACAUUUUGGAAUGGACGCCGAGAAACUACGAACCUCUUAGCCAACUUAAACAGGGCCAAAUUGCAUUCAUCAAAAACAAUUGUUCAAAGAUAAAUUGUUAUGUAACUGAUAAUAAAGAUUUCUUUGACGGAGACUUGACAAAGUUUGACGCUAUAGCAUUUAACGGUCGAAAUAUAUUACACGCAAAAAAAUCUGAUCUUCCUAAAUACAGAUCGCCUCAUCAGAAAUAUAUAUAUUUCAACAUGGAGUCUUCUGACAAUUAUGUAUUGUGUAAUCCAGUGUUCGAUGAUUUUUUCAAUUUAACAGCUACAUACAAGUUGGAUUCUGACAUUCUAUUCCCUUAUAUACAAAUAAGGGAUCGUAAUGGAGAAGUUGUAGGACCUAGAAUAGACAUGAAGUGGGCAGAAAAUAUGACUGUUGAUGGGGAUUUAUCGAUUUUGAAGUAUAAAAGUAAAGCAGCCGCGUGGUUUGUAUCAAAUUGCAACAGCAGAAGUGGAAGAAAGGAAUUAGGGCAAACAUUACAAAGGGCCUUGCAAAAGUAUGGCUUAACAUUAGAUAUUUAUGGUAAAUGCGGUCCAUUUAAAUGUCCUAGAAAUAAGAAAAAACAAUGCGACGAUAUGUUAGAGAAGGAUUAUUUCUUUUAUUUGUCAUUUGAGAAUUCUUUUGCGGAAGAUUAUGUGACUGAAAAAGUUCUGACACCUUUGCAUCAUAACGCUGUACCGAUCGUGUUUGGUGGCGCUAAUUAUUCUAGAUUUCUACCUCCCGAUACAUAUCUGGAUGCGAGAAUGAUGACACCUGAAGACAUAGCUAGUACUGUGACUCGGUUGAUGCGUUCUCCGGAAGAAUAUAAAAAAUACUUCAGAUGGAAAUCUUAUUACACAUACCGUGACCCAUCAAAUACGGACAGUGUGUGCGCGGUGUGCGAGUACCUUAAUAAUGAAAGUAUUAUGAAGCAACAGACUAUUUACAAUAAUUUCAGGGCCUGGUGGAAUCCUAAUUAUAGGAAGCGUUGCAAGUUGUGA